AUGCCAGCCCUCACUCGCACAAGAUUAGCCUGUGAUCGCUGCCACUCUCAGAAGCUGAGAUGUCCAAAGCAGCCAGGGAAUGCACUUUGUACCCGAUGUGCGAAGGCUGGUACACAAUGCAUCUACAGUCCGCCAGGCACCAUCUCCACGUGCAGCAAUGUCAACACAGCCAUUACGGCGGAUUUUAUGACAUUGGACGAGAGCCUGCAGGAUAACGACUUCCUGAACUGGACCACUCCUGGUGGAAUUGACUUCAACACGCUGCUCCCACAAUCGUCCAGCGGGCUCCAAGGCGUGCAGGAGGAGGAUUCGUCAAACGGCGGCAGCACGACUUCGGCCUUGUCCAGCUCAACCUCCGAUGACGAGACCACCGAUCCGGUAUGUCUCUGCACCAGCAAACUGACAGAGCUGCUCCACGACUUGGGAAGGCUAUGGGCAAAAUUACCCAUGAAGACAACACUGCACCUGCCGCAAAGUGGCUCACAUGAAGCACAUGUCAAGAACCUGACAGACAAGAUUGCCUCGAAGGCAGUGCUGGAGAAGCUCUUCGCUCUGGCUCAGCGACUCAUCGAUCUGUACACUGAUGCCACCAGUCUCGCCAUGCCUCCGGACACAGCGCCGCCUCCAGCCUGCGACAUCCCAGUCUGCACGCACGCGCUCGAGUUGCCUCCAGCACUUGAGAAGAUUGAACAGCAUGUAUCGGGUCGGCAUCUGGCACUCAAGACCGACCUUGCACUAGCCAACGUGCUCGUGUCGUGCCACAUCCGCUUACUGGACAUCCUCGACUGCUUCUUCCUGCUCGUUACCGCUUGCUUGCGCGUGACGGUGGCCAGCCCCGAACGGCGCGAGCCGGAAUUCGACGGUCCGGACAUGCGCGUGGGCUCUUUCGUGCCGCCAAAGACAGCGGCUGUGUCAAUGCAGAUUGCCUUGUUGAAGCAUUUGAUGGUGGGACUGUCGGAGAAGCUGACUUCGUUCGGUGUGGCCGUGUCAUCUCGUGCGGCGGGCACUGAUGACGGCGAUCUGGAGGUACAGGUCGUUACAGCGCAGCAUCAACUGCUUACGAAGAGGCAUGCUUCAUCCAUAGCGCACGUUGACAUCAUUGAAGACUUCAUGAUGCGGUUCGACAUCAAGAAAUUGUGA